CUUGUAUAUUGUUACAAGAUAAGUACCUUCCCUUUAUCAUUCUCAUCACAGAUCUGUAUAAUGUUGGUCAAUAUUAGCUCAGGGUUUGACAUGAUAUUAGCCGUUUUCUCCGAAUGGUUUUUCAUCCUCAGAACAUAUGCGCUCUGGAACAGAAACAGACACUUGCUCGCAACCGUCCUGGGUAUAUUUUUUCCGUUUCUCGCAGCAUCCGUCAGCAUUAUCGUCGACACUACCGUCUCCGCAGCAUAUGCGACUAGCCCGAUCCCUGGCAUCACAGGGUGCUACCAGAGUUCAACCAGUGACCGGAUUUCUAUCCCAUUUCUUCUCUUUCCUGUGUUCGGACUGGGGCUGAUGAUACUCACGCUCAUCCCUGCCAUACAGAGCUGGCGGAGAAACCCAAAUCGUCUGUACGUUGUCCUGGUGAACCAUAACAUAUUCUAUUAUGCUUGCGCUUUCCUAUUCUCGGUAACGAACGUCUUCACAUCGCUGCUCCUCCAGGACACCUACCGGACCGUUUUGAAUAGGUAUGCACCUCUGCAUUCUACUGCGUAUUCCUACUAAUCACACUCGAAAUGUACACCCAUGUGCAGUUUCCAGUUCCUGAUCCUUGCGACUGUUGCCGCGCGCAUGCACAUCCAUCUCUGGCAGACAAGCCAACAUCCACGCGGCUCAAGCGGCCUGGUUGAUAUUCCAUUUUCUGACAUGUCAUUUGUGAAUGUCACGGUGUGAUGUCUUAUCAUGUGGUUUAUUCAGUGUCUUUCAUGGAGCGAGGCUUGGACUGUACGAGAUGAUUGGUGGGGGACGUGUUGAAUAUGCAGGAUGAGUCUGUCGCGGGGUAGAUGGAGCAUUUGGAUAUCCUUGAUCUAUUUCACAACUGUAGUUUCAAUGAUCAUGUAUACUACGACUAAUUGCACUUGAUCUCACACAGUCAUCCAUGCAUGAUUAUGGUAUA